AUGAAGAGUUCAUCAUUAGCUCCUAAUCAACAACAUCAACAACAACAAUCUAAUACGAAUUCGAAUACGAAUAAUCAACAGUCAUUGAAACAAACAUUGAUACAAAGAUAUACGACCUCUUCAUCUUCAUCAUUGACAAGUAGUAGUUUACAUAACAAUGAUACAUUCUUUGGAAAGAGUAGUAUAGCACAAUCUUCUAGACAAGAUGAGCCAUUCGAUCCAUUUGGUAAUGGCACUGUACUGCCUCAAAGUACAACUUCCAAGAAGUCCAAGGCUAUUCAAAAGCAACAACAGAAUCAACAGAAUCAAUAUCAACAUCAACAGCCCAAUGUUGCUGCUGCAGCACAACAGCAACAACAAACAAUGGACGCACAUGUAGAUAGUACAUUCGAGUUUGAGUUUGAUUUCUCUGAUGUUAUUGGCGACACAUCAUCUACAACAUCCACGACAACGACAUCAACUUCAUCGACUGCGAUGAACACAGCAAGAUCCAACAACAACAACAACAACAACAAAACUCAAUCAAAGAAACCACAACUUCAAACAGAUGUUCGAUACUCUGAUCGACCACCUGCACAGUUUCAAUUCCCUUCAAUCCAACUGGACAGCCCGCCCGAGACGGACGAGGAUGCACUCGACACGUAUAUCUAUCCCGACAACAUGACUGUGCGCGACUAUCAGUACAACAUUGUCUCCAACGCAUUCUAUCGCAACACAAUGGUCUGCCUCCCCACGGGCCUGGGCAAGACAUUCAUCGCCUCGGUGGUCAUGAUGAACUUCUACCGAUGGUUCCCUCGCUCAAAGAUCGUGUUCAUGGUGCACUCGCGCCCACUUGUCUCACAGCAAUACGAAGCAUUUCAUCAGAUCACUGGCAUACCACUUAGCGACACGGUCGAGUUCACGGGCAGCGUCAAGGCACAGCUGCGCGUCACUGGCUGGACCAAGAAGCGCAUCUUCUUUCUCACGCCUCAGAUCCUUGCCAAGGACAUUGAGGCGGGCCGCUGCGACCCUUCAAACAUCUCGCUGGUCGUGGUGGACGAGGCGCACAAGGCCAAGGGCGAGUACUCGUACUGCACUUCGGUGCAGAUGAUUGCCAAGGCCACACGAUACUUCCGCAUCCUCGCAUUGACAGCGUCACCUGGCAGCACAAAGCAGUCGAUCCAGACUGUCAUUGACAACCUGCUCAUCUCAAAGAUGGACAUUCGCACGGAGAAGUCACUGGACAUCAGUCCCUAUGUACAUCAGAAGCAGAUCGAAGUCAUUGUCGUGCCCAUCACCGCGCAGAUCCAACCACUCCUUGACCUCCUGAAUAGAGUGAAGCAGAUCCCCUACAACAACCUAAACAAGUCUGGUGCAUGUCGCAAGCCACUCGAUCAAAUCAGCAUGGGAUUCGCCAUUCAAAUGAGAGAGAUAAUGAUGAAGAAACAAGAGAAGAACUUUGGAUUGUUUAACAACUUCACAGCAUUGAUCAAUCUAUGUCGAGCUUCAAACACACUGAUCAAACAUGGCCUGGACUACUUUUAUGAUAUCAUCAAGGGCUUUGGUGCCAAGAAGACCAAGCCAGUCGUUGAGAUACUUGGUUCGCGUGAUUGGAAUGACAUGAUGACGUUGGCAACGUCAAUGACAGGCAAGGUCACUCAUGGCAAGCUGAACAAGCUCUGUGAAGUGAUCACUGAUCACUUUACAAACUCAACUGAGACAUCGACAAGAGUAAUGGUGUUUGUGGAGAAUCGUGCAACUGUACAAGAGAUUAUCAAUCAUAUUGGCAAAACCACAUCGUCUAUGAUCAAGGUAAUGCCAUUCAUUGGUCAGGCACAGGGCAAGAACUCGAAAGGACUCAAUCAGACGGAGCAGGCAUCUAUUCUCAAUCGUUUCCGAUCGGGUGCCUAUAAUACAUUGGUGGCAACAUGCAUUGGAGAGGAGGGUUUGGACUUUGGAGAGGUGGAUCUCAUCAUUUGCUACGACACACAGCAGUCAACCGUCAGGAACAUCCAGCGUAUGGGCAGAACAGGUCGCAAGCGUAAAGGAAGAUGUGUUGUCCUAUUGUCGGCUGGCGUCGAAGAGGACAUCUAUCACAACUCCAAGUCCAAACUAGACUCAAUCACAAAGGAUAUGAAUGUAUUCGUAUUCCAUCGAUCUGAAAGAAUGUUACCCGAUGGACUAUGGCCAAGGGCGGAGUAUAGAAAGGUGGACAGUGUUGAAAGGCAUGCCGCGACUGCCAUGGGCCAUGAUGGCAAGGUAAAGAGAGUUAAGAAGAGAUCAGCAUUCUUGACCAACGAGGAGAUAAGGUACUUGGACAACAAUUAUAAGGAUGCUUCCACGAUCAAUGUCCCACUGGAUCUUCAACGAUGGAGUCACUUGAACAACAUUGCAACGCCUACUCAUCAGGUCGAUCACUCAGUGUGCACCAACAUCAUGGUAUCAAUCUAUGAGAGCAUCGAGCGCAACAAACAGUCCGAGCUCGAUUCCAUCAUGAGCCAAUACUACAAGAACGUCGGUGAUGGUGUUGGUAUGGGCAUGGGCAAUGGCAUGGACAUAGACAAGGACAACUCAUCGGCACCAGCAUUCAAUGAUUACAAUCCAAGUGUGCCCUCACCAGAGAUUGAUCGUCAUGAUCGACUCCAUCAGGAGCCAAUACGUGUCGACAUUGAUAUUGAUAAUCAAGAACAUCAUGAUCAACAGGCUCCGCCAAAUGACAACACCAUCGACUUUGACUUUGACGACUUUGGUGGUGAUGUCCCUUCACCACCAACUCCACAACCGACCAAGGCAUCGACGUCGUCUUCCCCAAUCAGACUGUUCCUACCGCCAGACUUAGGUGACAUUGAGGUGCCAGUAAUCUUGGACCCAAUAGUCAUUCGAACACCUCCAUCAUUUCGUCCACCUGCCAAAUCGUCCACAAUGCCACCAACAACGGUGGCAUUCUCACACUCUGAUACGUCCACGCCAGCCAAGCCCAUGAGCAAUGUGGACAAGUCGAGUCCUGUACAUGUAUCACCAAACAAGCCAUCCACAUCUUCCUCCUCCGCCUCUGUUGUUGUCGCCAAUGACGUGCGCGUAGUUGUAUCCACGAACACGAAUCCAAACCCAAGCAACAGCAGCAGCAAUGAUGAGAUUAUCGCCAGGUCACCUCCUCAACAUUCUUCAUCACCGUUGAACAUAUCAUUCACAACACCUCAAAAGCCAGACAAGGAUCGCAACACAUCAAGACUGCUCAAGAAGUGCGCAAUCAGUCCAAUCAAGAGAAAGAAGGUCCAACAGCAGCCACAGCAGCUUCCAAAGAGGAAGCUCGAUGACUCGCUGCUUGAGGAGAGCAGUGGCGUCACGGACGAGAACUCGUCCCCCGUCCAGAAAAGAACCAAGCGACCACGUAUCAAGGACAGGGUUCUCAAUCUCUUUGAGCUCGAGGCAGAUGAUGAGGACGAGGACGAUAGCUUGGACAGUGGCGAUGAGAACAUGGAUGACUAUGACGUCAACGAUUCAUUCAUUUGUGAUGACACGCCGGAAGAUUCGAUGGACACCUCACAAGACUCACAAGCGACCCAGGCUGCCAAGAAGAAGAAGCAGGAGAAGAAGAAGAUGUCCAUGCAAUCCAUUUACAUGCGUUCGUUGCUAAGCCAAAACGAGUUUGACGGACGAGGACGAACCAAUCUCGGGGGCUUCAUCUUUAAGCCCAGCACAAACCCGUCCAAGAACAAGACCCCCAUUCUCCGGCCACCGCCAUCACUUCUCCCACACAUCGACUCUGAAGAAGAGGAAGAUGUUGGAGAUGAUGCUGGAGAUGGACAGCCUGCGGUUGCAAGCGAUGAAGUGGAUGAUGACGAUGUCGUGGCCAACACACAAGAGGAGUUGGAUAGCAGUGUAAUCACGAGCUCACAACAACAGCAGAACAACAAGGUACCAACAGCAGUAGCACCGGUGACAUCGCUACCUUUACAACUCGGCGACCUCAACAACAACAACAAUAGCACGAACACCAACAGCGACGUGCGACCUGACAGCGAGAUGCCUGAGCUCAAACGAUUCGGGUCAUCCACAUUCAACAAAGAGUUCAAUGUCAACGUGUGGAACGGAGACAAGGACCAAGAUGGAUAUUGGUCAGAUUCAGACUGA